AUGCGUACUCUGAGAACAAGAAGUAGCAGGGAUAGCAGUGUCAGUACUGCUUAUGGGAAUGUUUCCAGUGGGAAUUCGAGGGGCUCUAUGCAGACGAUAACACCGGAAGAGCCUGGUAAACUAGAAUUUGGACUGGAGUUUCCUGGUUCAAAUAACAACAAUAACAACGAAAGCGAAGAGGCCAGCUCGUCAAGAUCGCACUCGCAGUCCAUGGCACUUCUGUCGGAAGAGUGUGACGUUAUGCAAGAUACCCAACAGCACUCAUUGAAGAAUACUCGGAUUUUGGAGAUUGAGAUAGCGAAAAUGGUGUCAGACCUUGAAAAGAAAGACCCCCGUACUGAGGAAAUGACCAAGAUAAUAUCGCUUCUAAACAGAUCUCUGUCGGCAAUCUCGCAUUGGUCUUUGCAAGCUCAACUCUCGCAUUGGGAAAAUAGGAAAGAAAAAGACGACCGUGCUGCUGUUGAGAAGGACUUGGUCAAAAAAGAAGCAGAGUUCUUCAAAAAUAAACUACAGAAGCAAACGCGUUUCCUCAUCGAUUCCAGUUCAACUAGUCAACCAGAUAAUAUUCCUUCAUCCCUAUCGUCUCCCACCUCAAAAAUAGCCAAUCUCUCUACAUUCCCUAAUAAUAACAGUAAUGCAAAUAACUCUGACGUGCUCCUAAGUCCGAAAAGAGUCACAAAGCAAAGGAAACUUGCAUCCCCACGCAGAAACGAAAGCCAAAUACAUCCACCAACACCCUCUCAAUCACUUAAGUUGGUCGAAAACACAAAACCACAUCCUAGACUUAAAAGAAAUCUAAAUGACCAGACAAACCAAGGUUUAAUAAGGGUUUUCCAUUUAGAGAAGGGAAGGUGA